AUGGAAAAGCUUCUGGCGGAGGAGCUCAAACCCACCUGGACACUGGCAGAGUUUACGGAUCACUCGCCCCCCAAGAGCCGCGACGAAAAGCUCUACCGGUUUUACGCUCAAGUGAGAGGUGAGGACACUCACACUUGGGAGUGCUAUUUUUCUAUCACCGAAUCUCGGAACCUUUUGACCCCUCACUGUUCGGUGAUCGCACCGUGCCCCAGUGAGGAAGGCGAAACAGCCCGUCGCCACCAGCAGCAUGGAGGAGGCGUGGUUUCACUGCGGAACACUCACGUUUUCAACGAUAUAGCCGCAGCGAAGGAGGAGAAGCAGGAUGACGGCGCCCCGAAAACCAAGCGCCCCUACAAAGCGCGGAAGCGGGGUAUGUCAUUGUCGGCCUUACUCGGGUUUGUAGUGGGACACGCGCUUGCGAAACUUCACACACCCUCGAACCUAGGCACUGCCUCGGCGGCCGCCGCCACGGGCGUCACUGCAAGCCAGGAUGCUGGCACCGUCAAGCAAGAUCUGACGGGCACAAGCGGCGCGGAUGUGGAUAUGAAACAGGAAGCACAGGAAAAGGACAAGCAGGACGAACGGGACGUGAAAGAAGAAGCUUUGGAGAAAAACGACCAAGGUUUGUCCCGUCAUGUUGUACUUUCGGUUUGCUUCAAGUGGUUUCUCAUCGCACUCUUCGGCGCCUGUUGUAUCGCAGCAGAUGUCGACGGCUGUGAGCAUUUUGAGGCGGUGGACGCCUCGAGAGACGGCGUGCCGCCCGACAUCUUGCGGAACGCGGUGCAGCACGCCCACGACUACGGUGUUCACGGUGAGGGGCUGCUGGUGGCCUACAACGUCAACCGCUGCCCGGACCUAACGCAGCCGACUGCUCACGGCGCCAAAUUCUUCUUUGACGACGACGCGCGCAAGCUCUUCAUUACCUGCGCCUCUUCACAUCCCCACGGCAUCGGGGCAUUGGAAGCUGGCCGGCAACUGGGCAACUGGGCCGAUGCGUACAACCACCGCCUCGGCGUCGACCGCCUAGACACGGCUGGCGACGGCGUCAUCAGCCAUUUCGGGGAUGCGCCGGACGUCGCCGUGACCAUUGAUGCCGGAGAGCUGUCCGCAUCGCCGCUCGUGAUCGUCGAGCUUGAGAUGGGCAAUCGCAAGGUGGCCGCAAGCCGCCAUCAAGGACGCACGCUGUUCGAGCGCUACCCAACGCUGCGUGCUCUCGUCGUCAUUUUUGCGCCCUUCGAGUUCAACUUUGGCCAGGUGACGGAUAUGAAGGUUGCGGUCGGGUAUUACUACCGCGAGCAGGCAGGCGCGCCUGUCACGGCCGAGCUCGCGUUUGACCUUGGCACGGUGGCGUGUGACCGCAACGCUUGGAUGGACCCGUUGAGCGACGACGACUUGCCGCCCUUCGUACCUUUGUCGUGGGAGACCCACCGCGCCACGCCACGCGAAGGGUUUGAGCACUUCGCCAUCAACAUUGAGCCAGCGGUCAUUGUUUUUCCAUCCGGCGUUCUGGACGUGCAAGACGACGAGCAACCAACGCUCGCUGCAGCGGUGAGGGAAAACAUCCACAGCCUCGAGGGCAUCGCUCUGAAAUUGGACCUUGCGCGCGUUGUACAGAAAUUCUACAAAUCGUUUGUGACCAGGGCGUCUCACACGAUGGAGGUUGGGCCCUGCUCGGGCUCAAAGCACGCGCGCUCGGCGAUACAUCUCACAAACUUUGACACUUUUGGCGCCUGUGGUAUCACAGCAGACGCAGAUGGCUGUGAGCAUUUUGAGGCGGUGGACGCCUCGAGAGACGGCGUGCCGCCCGACGUCUUGCGGGGCGCGGUGCAGCACGCCCAUGACUAUGGUGUUCACGGUGAGGGGCUGCUGGUGGCCUACAACGUCGACUGCUGCCCGGACUUGACGCAGCCGGCCACCCGCGGCGCCAAGUUUUUCUUUGACCACGACACCCGCCGUCUUUUCAUCACCUGUGGCGCGACCGAAAUUCACGGAGCCGGUGUCGCAGAAAUUGUACGCCAAGCUGGAAACUACAGGGCUGAACAAAACCAAGGAAAGAAAGCCCGCUUCCUUGUGAUGAGUGACGGAAGACUGGCAGGUUCCACGCAGUGUCCUGACGCUGCGAUCUUUGUUACUGGACGCAAAGGGGCACGUCUUCCCUUUGUGAUCAUUGAACUGGAGAUAGCCAACCGCGACCCGCAUGCGAGUCGCAAGCAGGGACGCGAUCUUUUCAACCGGUUUGACACUUUGCGCGAUUUGAUCGUGAUCAAGACGCCGCUUGCUUUCAACUUUGGUGAUGUGACUGACAUGGCGGCAGUGGCCGUUCACUACUACCGACUUGAAGAUGGCGGCGAAGUGUUUUUGGGCAGCUGUUUUGAUUUCGGCACAACGAGCGACAUCAAGCUACAGCAAAAAUGGGCAACAACAAGCCUCAAACCGAAGAAUGAGCCACAAAUCAUUUUUUCCGACGACACACACCUGCCUCUCGUACCCAACGAAGCGUGGAUACGAAUCAACACCGCCCCCGUACAAGACGACGAGGGCAUUCUGACGUUUGACAACACGCCUGUGAUAGUGACUGUAUCCAGUAAAUCAAUGGAGCUCCGCGUUGAACGGGAGCUUGAGCGAGUGGAACAGGUCUGGAGCAAACUCAAUGCUAACGAUUUUGAGAUCGACCUCGGGCGGAUCGUCAAUGCCUACUACCCUCUGUUUGUCGACCGGGCCAAGAACAGUGCACAGACCUGGCAACUCAUGGCCGAUGUGCUUAAGGCCGCUGCUGCUCACGAUGGUUGCCCUGGGCCUCAAAAGUUUGCGGCUUUGAGACGCAGCCUCGAGACAGGCGGGGCAUCUCUGUCGGCAACGUUUGGAACGUUCGAUAAGGAACUGCGCGACAUCCUACCAGAUGCACUCUGCCCGAACCCGUCACCAGCUCCUAACACCGAGGAGCGCAGCAUCGCUGAGAUCGAGCGUGACGCGCAGGCGUGGUGUGACGCGCUCGCUUCCGUCUAACGUCUUGCUAUGUGCGAUUACCCAUAUGUCGAAACUCGCUUUCAAUUGAUUGUAUCAAAUC